GCUGAAGUAAAGCAAACAAACAAAAAAAAGAAGAUCCUGGAGAAUGGCCCCAUGUAGAGUCUCGGCCUACCUAAGGGCCCUGCACAGAGCACCUUCCAUAUCUGCGGGAACAGGAAGAGGCGGCGCUGUCGGACUCAGCUGGUCACAUCGCAGGUACAAGCGUCAUCUGGCGACCAAAGCAGCUGCCACGAAAGCCUCAGUGGACUCGAGUUCUGACGGUGUUGAGGAGAUCUCCUCAUCUGACGAGUCUGAUGCGGGCAAAGGGGCUGAGUAUGUGCUGCGUACGGUGGACAUUGACAAAGAGGAACUGAUCACUCUGCACCUGCGUAGCUCAGGCCAGCUGGUGGAGGUGCGGGCAGAGCGAGUGGCCGGGGAUGUGUCUGUGUUCACUCCUCACAACCGGGAAUGCUACCACCUGGACCGGCUGGCCUCCAGUAGCGUGAACCCUGUCUACCCGGCGUCAGACGGCGCUCCCGUGACCUUGGCCUCCUUGAACCUGACGCUCAGGGAGCCCCGGCCUGACAGAAGUAACCCGGGUACCAACGUGGAGUCUGUGAAGGAUGUGCAGUGGAGAUUACAGGAGCUGGAGCUGGGCAAGAUGCUGCACUACUACAAAAUGUUGUCCAAGAUACGACUCACAGGGCUUGUUGUUCUGACCACCAUGGCGGGAUACGGCAUGGCCCCAGGCCCCUUCGACCUGACCACGUUUGCAGUGUGCACAGUGGGGACGGGUCUCACUUCUUGCGCUGCUAAUUCCAUCAAUCAGUUUUUCGAGGUGCCGUAUGACUCUCAGAUGAACCGCACCAAGAACAGGGUCCUGGUGAAGGGACUGAUCAGCCCCCUGCACGCUGUCACCUUUGCCGGUGUGGCGGGCGCGUCGGGCCUGGCUCUGCUGUCUCUGGGCGUCAACGGCACAGUGGCGGCCCUGGGAGCCUUCAACCUGGCCCUGUAUACGCUGGCCUACACCCCGCUCAAGCGGCUCAGUGUGGCCAACACGUGGCUCGGGGCUGUCGUCGGGGCCGUGCCGCCCAUGAUGGGCUGGGCGGCCUGCACUGGCUCUCUGGAUCCUGGUGCUUGGUUGAUGGGCGCCCUCCUGUUCUCCUGGCAGUUCCCCCACUUCAAUGCUCUGAGCUGGAACCUACGUCCAGAUUACUCACGGGCCGGCUACCGCAUGAUGUCCGUGGUGGAUCCGGCCCUAUGUCGGCGGGUGGCCCUGCGCCACUGCGUCUCCGUCGCGGGCCUGAGCCUGAUGGCCGCCCCGCUGGGCGUGACCACCUGGACGUUCACUGUGGACUCGCUGCCGCUCAACGCAUUCCUGGUGUACUUAGGCUGGAGAUUUUACCGCGACGGAGAUAGCAACUCCUCCCGCCGGCUUUUCCGCUUCUCCCUGAUUCACAUACCAGCUCUCCUGCUGCUCAUGAUCAUCAGCAAAGCCAGCUUUGGCAGCCACCAGAAACACAAGGGGGAGGUAGUGCCCGCCAAGGACAGUUCCCACCAGGUCUCUUCUCUCAGCUGAUGGCUUCGGGUGAACUCUUCCUCCAAUGCAUCUCUGAGACACUACUGGACAGGGGUUGUGGUCAUCUCAGCCAGACUUUUGUGUUGAGCAGGGCCGACCACUUUGCUAGUGAAACCUUUCAGUAGACAAGUACAGAUGCCAGUGGCUGUGGUCAGGACUUUGUUAGACUGACAUGCGAGUCGGACUUUGGACUUGUUACUUCAGGGAUUUUUUUUUUAAAUUUCAAAUUUAGCUUUUGAUCCGACAUGCUCCUUUGUGAUCAGGGAUGAAGGAAGACUUUUGGGUCGGAAGUAUACAACGGUAGUCAAGAUUGGGACAUGUGUGAGGUGUGACAUGUUUUUUCAACGUAUGGGGAAGACAGUUUUUUGCUCGAACACUCUUGUUCAUGAUCUAGGGUGGACCAAGUUUUUGGUUGGACAUGUUCAUUCAUGAAAGACCCUACAGAACCUGGGCAAGUCUGCCCCUUAAAUGACCUAAAAAAUCUGGGUCUUUUUUGGAGGUGUUCAGGAAUAUAGGGGUGUUGAUGUGUUUCUUCUAAGCAUAGGAUUUAGAAAUUGUCUCAUAAAAGAAUGCAUUUCCUGAAAGGGUAGUAAAAUGUUUUAGAAAAUACUAUGCUCAAGUAGCUCGGGAAUGGCAUAUAUAUAUAUAUUUUUUAGUUUUACCAUCUAUGGUUAGUUACAGAUUUUCUAGUAUAAUAGAUUUUUUAAAAUUGUAAUUUUUAGUUUUCUUUUCACAUAAUGCAUGCGAGUCGCAUGGUUCACGCUAAUUAUCCUCCGCUUAUCAACAAUACGAUGUACGAUGCCUAGCGAUUGGCCCAUGCAAUUCACUGGUGUGUACGAUACUCAAAUUUCACUGCGUUUCCGUCAUUGCAAAACUGCCAAAGACUGCAGUGUUAUUGUGGGGCCUAUUUUAGCAUGAUGAGCGCCAUUUCACGUGCAUGAGCCCUCAUGCACUUAUGAAAGCGUUCGUCCUGAAGGAACUGACAAAAUUGGACUUUCUCAGAAAAAAAGAAAUUGAUUUGAAAGUCAAGAACAAAUUAAGAUUUGUGUGGUAAGAGGAGAGUUUUACCGUAAAAUCAAUUUUCAAAGAAAGGUGACAAGGUUACUAAUUGUGUUGGUGAUUCUAUUGUUAAAGUAGAAGUUCCUCUAAUACCACCACAUCCAAGCCCAUUAACAAGCUGUUUUCCCUGUCCUCAAAGGACUGUCAAUUGUUAAUUACAAGAUUUCUUUUGAAACUGAAAUUGAUGUUAAUAAUUUUUAUGUGUGAGGUAGGGUCUCAUGGUUUUAUUUCACGGGUUCGGUGCUUCUGUCGGUGUAUUUUCCCCCUUUUUGACUUUUGCUCGUUAUGAUCACUGAAUGUAGGCAAGAUGAACUACAGUAAAACCUCAGUAUAACAUACUUUCAUCAAGUUUUUGAAUGUGUUAGCCAAGGUGUGCACUGGCCAAAAAACUGACGGGGAACAGGGAUGGCGCUGAUAUGACCUUAUGCGAGCGCCGUAAAACUCUCUACUGUAAAAAAAGGGUGGGGGGGGGGGGGGAACAGGGAGGCUACAGAGCUACAUCCCACUCAAUAUCACCAGCUCCAUGGUGAAAAUCUGUUUCAGUACCACGCGAAGGGAAAUUGCUCCUUUUCUUUUUCACAUAAUGUGGUUUCUUAAAGAAAUGACAGAAAAUGGUUCAGAAGACCCAUUCUAAAAAUAAUUAAGCAUUACGCGUACAGAAAUGAAUUAAGUUUAACAUCAGAUUAUAACGAUAUUUGUUAAUGUACUUACUUAAAUAGCUUUUACAGUCGUGCAAACGCUCUUUUUUUUCUCUCAGAGUUUGCCAGAACUGAAUUGUCACUGUCCUUCACCAAAAGCAGCCACAAAUAAACAGAUAAUAACAGUUGUUUAUAACUGAGUGGAGGUGGAGCAUGGCACCCAUGGAUAAUUUAUGGUUAAAAAGCAUUCAUUCUAUCUGCAGUCAAACCUUAUUGUACCGCCCCCGGUAUACCACCAGCCCCGUUUACCGCCAGCCCCGUUAUACCACCAGCCCCGUUUACCACCAGCAAGGAUAAAAAAACCCAAAAUGAAAUAUGUGUCAAACGAGGGAGACUGAGAGCCAUGGUAAAACAAAGAAAUGGGAUCCCACCACUCAACGAAUAGCGACACUUCUGUUGACGUCCAUUGUUAUGGACUGGGUAAAUAGUAACACAGCCACUGUUCAUUUCUCUUGUGAGUUGUGGGCAGGCUUAUAGGUUAUGACCUAGGCUUUCUUAGCUCUAAGAAAGCCUUGGUAAUGAUAGAUCUCAUACCUCCCCCACCAGCAGCUGAAAGUUUGUUAAACAGUGGGAGAGAUCUACAAAACAUGAUCGAUUCACUCGUUGGCGUGACUAACAAUAACGACAGGUUAAUGGAACAUGGCGGCUGGUUCACAGCAUCAGGGGCCGAUGUAAAUAAUAACUCGGAUAUAUAAUUUAUGACAAAGCGCCAGGCAGUGAGAAAUUUGCGUGGCCAUCUUAGAUAGGUUUUUGGGUUGUUGGUUGAUAAAAUACAGUAUAGCAGCUGCGGUUGCUUUGGACAGGUAUCGAUUUAUGCAUGCUGUUAUAUUGAAAAAGUAAGGAGGGGGGGGGGGGAUUCAGAGGGAAAGUGAACGUUUGUACAGGCAGAUGUAUUCUUAUUAUACAGGUGACCACCAGGUUUGACUGUACUUUUGCUUUGAUUAAUUUGAUGUUAUGUUUAUUUGCAAUUGCUAUCCAUGUCACGCAUGAAGAAAUAAUUAACAAGGAGGUGGGGAUGGAGAUCACGAUUGUGAUGAUGUUGAUCAAUCGGAAUGCCGACCUCCUUGCACAACGUGUUAUUUUUGUCAUUUGUCUCUACUCUCACAAUGUAGGCUACUUGUUUAGAAACAGACUUUUGAUCUUUGAAACCCCUAGAAAACUGAACUUUAUGGCAAAAAGGUACAUUUUGAGCAGGUACUUUUAAGACAUAGCUUCUAUAGCCUAAAAUUACUCCGUGGGACUGUGGACUUCAGAAAGUGAAGGUCACAGCUGAAAGGCGAGUAUGUUAUAUCAAGAAUAUAUGGUAGCCUUUUCUCAAAACUUAUUGCAACGCAUUGCAUUUCCAAGGUCUCCAUCACAUAUCAGCCAGAUUCAUUUUUCAUGUUAGAGGUAGUAGCCUUUUUAUGAAAGUAAUCCUAGAUUUAGGCUCAGACCUUUGUUGAUAGUUAGUCAACUCUGCAUGUGUUGAAUUCGCUUGAGUUGAUCUUCCAGCCCCAGCCAUUUUUGUUCUCUCCCUGACCCUAGUCCCAGCCUAUACAGCAGUAUUUCAGAAAAAGAGGCAUGCAUUCUAAAAAGUGAUGUAGUAUCUUUGUAAUGAGGUUUAGAUAUUAACAUUUAACAAUGUUUUAAAGGUAAAUGAAAAAAUAUUAUGAAAAUUAAAGUUUAAUUAGGUUCGCUAAUUUCGAAAAGUGCGCAAAUUCGGUACCCCCCGAAACUGCAUAUACGCUCUUGGGACGGUGGGAGCUGCUGAAAAUGUACUCACAUGGGGCUGGAAAGGUCAAGUUGAUCUAUUUCUUGGGUCCCAGCACCUCUUUUUUUUACAGUACAGGUCCUAACGGUCAAGUUGAACUUCAGAUGAGUUGGUCUUUUUUUUCCAACUCCCCUGACGACAUAAUUCACCCGUAGUCGACUGUACUUAUGAUUAUGCUGGGGGUUGGUCCUGACAUUGCACCAUCACUUGACCUGUCUUCAUCACAGUAUUCCUAAAUCAAUAUGUUAGAGAUGACACUAGUCCAAAAUCAUCUGCAUCAUUACCAACAUUUUCAUCCCCAUCCGAAUCCCAUGCAAUCACGAAAAUACGGGGUGAUAACAUUGUUGCCAUUCAUUGUGGUAACUCUUGGGCGACGCUUCUUUUCACAGUGUCAAACUCAAAUAAAAAUACAAGAAAAAUUCAGCAUUAAAAAAAGCAAGGUGGGGCUGGAUUAACAAAAACCACAACUGUUAAUUUUCUUUUGCACAUAUAUAUAUGUAAAACUUUUGUCCAAAGAAUAGUUUGUGUCCUAAUACUAAUACUAAAAGAAAAGUAUUGUAUUUGUUUAUCACGGCUGAGUGCGUUUGCAGGUGGUAGCAGUAAGAAGACUGUCCCGGUUUUAUAAGACUUAAGAUUGCUGCACAAGCUGUCAUUGGACAUGUUUCUUCAUGGUUUGGUGCAGACCAAGCUUUUGAUUGGAUUUGUUCAUACUUAACAUGAGCUUAGGUAAAGCAAGUUUUUUAAUUUUGAUUGGAUUUGUUCAUACAUGGCAUGAGCUAAGGUAAAUCAAGCCUUUGAUUGGAAGUGCUCGUUCAUGAUCCACAGUAAACCCAGUUUUCUGUCAGAUACAGUCAGGCACAGAUAAGAUGAACACGUAAGCUUGAAAUCACAGAUAGCUCAUGACAUACAAUUUGCCAUUCCCCAACUGUUAUCUCUUUAAUUUUUUUGGUUUGUUUGUUAUCAUUAUCCGUCAACCGAAGUUAUGGAUGGAUGUGUGGAACACGUCUGUCAAUCGUAAUGUGUUUGAGUUUUCUGUGUCCGACUGUUGGGAUCUAAAGUGGGUCAGGCUUUUUAUUUUUUUUACGAAUUGCAUUCUUUCAUGAUCAAGAGUAGAUAGCUGUUUCGUAUGUGAAAUGUUUUCCACUGUGUCAGCGAAAACAAAAGCCAAGACCUUGUUCUAGUAGUAGGGGUGUAUUUUGUUACAUUGUUUGCUUGAUGUUCAGGACACUCCUAGACAGGAUGUUAUGUGUUUGCGUGGAUGACAAUUUUGUUGUUGUUGCCUAUAUAAUAUAUAUAUAUAUGUUUCCCUUUCUGUGAAUGAUUUUAUCCCCCAUUGACUGUGGUGUCAAUGAUAAAAAUAAAUUAUGGACAAUUUGAAA